CACCCUCUCUUCCCGUUCAAUUCAAUAUUGUUAUUUUCCUCCCUUUUUCAUUCAUUCUCAUUUCUCUCCCUCCUUCAUCGCUUCGCUCAAGCCCCAAGCCACUUCCGAGUUCCGAUCGCAGAAUGUCUCGAUCACUCUCCGCCACAUCCACCAACUGCGAUGCUGCCCCCGCCUCCGCCGGCGAGAUCAUGUUGUUCGGCGUUAGAGUCGUCGUUGAUUCCAUGAGGAAGAGUGUGAGUAUGAAUAAUCUCUCGCAGUACGAACAUCCUCAGGAUGGCUCGCAUAACAAUAAGGAAGAUGUUCUCACCGCCGGUUACGCCUCCGCCGACGAUGCCGUUGUUCAUAAUUCCGGCAAGCACCGCGAGCGUGAGCGCAAACGAGGGGUUCCAUGGACCGAGGAAGAACACAGGCUGUUUUUGCUGGGAUUGCAGAAGGUAGGGAAGGGCGAUUGGAGAGGGAUCUCAAGGAACUAUGUGAAGACGAGGACCCCAACACAGGUUGCGAGCCAUGCUCAGAAGUACUUUCUUCGAAAAAGCAACCUUAAUCGUCGACGUCGUAGAUCCAGCUUAUUCGACAUUACCACUGAUUCGGUUUCGGCAAAUCCAGUGGAAGAACAGAUCCAGCGUCAGGAUAAUAUGCCUCAUUCACAUCUUGUGCACCCUGCAUCCUCUGAAACUGGCAACAUCAAUGGAUUUUCAGUGAUGCCAUUAUAUCCAAUGGCUAUUGGGUCUGGAGUGAUUUCAUUCCCGGGCGGGAAUCCGGUGGAGAAGCUCCCUCUGGGGCAUGGAAAUUAUGAACACAACGGUCUAAUUCCUUCUGUUCCAGAUCCAAAAGCUUCUGCUGUGUCUGAUGUUGCCUUGUGUUCAAGCUCAUCUUUUGAUCUACCGACGCUGUCUCUUGGACUGUCCUUGUCGCCUGAUCAGAGGAAUACAUCAUCAAGGCACUCAAGUUUACAUGCAGUGCCAUGUUUCAACAAUAAUGGAGAAAGCAUCAUAAGUGUUGUUUGAGAAACAUAACAUUAAUUUAUGGUUUGUUUCUCUAGCAUUAGCAACUAUGAUUAACAGAUAUAUUAAAAUCUCGACUCUCCUGUCAAUUUUUGGUGGGGGGAAAGAGAAAGAACAAUGGAUUAGAUAAGGCAAGGUAACUAGGUGACAAAAAUCAGUCCGUCCGUUGGUUGUACAGACCCCAGAAAGGUCCUGUCCUGUUCUUUGUUUGCUUAUAAUAUGACCUUAGGUUCUUGUUUAUUUGGAAGUUUAUGUUUGAAGUUAAUGUAACUGGUAACAAUUGCUACUCCCUGUUCAUUUCUCUCAUAACUUUUGAAUGUGGUCUCCACAUGCAACUGGUUUCCAUGGCUCUCAGAGAAAUAUAUAUAUAUAUAUAUAUAUCGUAUGGUUUAACA